UUCCCUUGCAAGAAACGCCCAAAAUCUGAAGAUAAGCUCAACAUUCAACAUUUUGCCACCAUGACAGCUGACUGAUCAGAUUUGAGAUACAUCCAUACGACUGCGUUUUGAUCCUUGUAAUUAAACACCCAACAGUCCCAAGAAGACCGAUUCUUGACUUAAAACCCCUUCCAACAAGUUUUCAAUUUCCUCCAAAAGCAGUCCAGAUUUGCGUUUAUCAGAAGCAACCUUUGAAUUUUCAUUAAUUCACCUGUAAAAGUGGACCCCCUUUUAUUUAUCUUUUAAAUAGCCGCCACCCCAGACUUGUCAAAGAGCUAAUAAUUAGCCGAUCAGUGUCUCUCAAUUCUCAACAAGGCAGGCUGAGGCAGAUGGCGGUUUCUGAUGCAGUGGCUGGGAACUUGACGACGAUCUACGUGGCAGUGAUCACGGGGAUCAAGGCGUAUGGGGUGGUGUUUGGUCAGAGCUUCAGUGGUGGCUUUGUGUUAAUCGUGUCCACCAUCGUGGUGUGCCUUAUCCUGAUUGCGACUCUGACGUGGGACGUGUCCCGUAAAGCCACGUAUGCAAUCCGGCGCGACCAUUCUGUUCAUGUCCACGACAUGUGCAAGGGUGGUAUUUGCUGGCAUGGUGUCGCCGUCCAGUCGUCGGCUUCUGAGGUCCGGCUUAGGCUCCCGCACCAACUCAGUUACGGCUCGUCGUUAAAUUGAUAGCAGGAAUCUCGAAGUGGGUAAAAUGUCUCUUUCUUGGUCGUUGAUGUGUUGAUGUGUUGAUGUGUUUGCGUUUAUCUACGAACGACGUACAUGGAGGGUUUUGCUUUUUGGAUCGAGUGAGGAAUAUGAUUGUGUAUAAAUAAUUAAUGCGGACAAGGUAAUGCAAUUGUGUGUCAUAAAUAAA